AUGUUCCUUUUCUUUUCCACAGAUACCUCAUGACCAAAGAGUUCCAGGUAUCUUACUAUGAAUCAAAUGAGACUGUGGUGACAGAGAAAGACACUGAUCUGUACCAGUGUUACUAUCAGGGAUCUGUGAGAAAAUUCCCUGGAUCCCAGGUCUCUGCAAGCACCUGCUCAGGACUCAGUGCUCUGAUCAUUUUCAGUAAUCAAACUUAUAUCAUUGAACAUAUUGAGGGCGAUGAAGCAGGCCGACAUGUUUCAUACAGAACUGAAGAUCUCUCUCGAGUACGGACCAGCUGUGGAAUUAAACAUUCCUUCCAGGAGUUAACCGUCACUGAUCAUUUUCAUUCUCCACGAAGGGUUAAGCGGGAUGUACUGUCAGAGACAAAAUACCUUGAGGUGGUGCUUGUGGCAGACAAAGAUCUGCUCACGAAACGUGGGAGUAGAGAAGCUACAGUGAGCCUAUUGCUUUCUGUUGCCAAUACAUUGGACUUGCUGGCUCAAGAUCAAACUGACAGGAAAUCCAGUCCUGUGGAAACUCACGUUUCAAAUCUCUGA